AUGGCCCUCCUGCUCUCUCUACUGACUGUGCUGGUGGUAUUAAGCUAUGACCCUAUUCAAUCUCUGGGCUGUGAUCUGCCUCAUAACUACAUCUUGGUUAGUAGGAAGACUUCUGUGCUUCUGGGUCAAAUGAGGAGACUCUCUCCUGCUUUCUGUCUGGACGACAGAAAGGACUUCCGAUUCCCCCAGGAGAUGGUGGAUGGCAGCCAGCACCACAAGGCCCAGGCCAUCUCUGUCCUCCAGGAGAUGCUCCAGCAGAUCUCCAACCUCUUCCACACAGAGGGUGCCUCUGCUGCUUGGAACAUGACCCUCCUGAACCAACUCCACAAUGGACUCCAUCGACAGAUAGAAGACCUGGAGAACUGCUUGGUGCAGGUAAUGGGAGAGGAAAAAUCUGUCCUGGCAAUUGAGGGCCCUCUACUGGCUGUGAAGAGGUACUUCUAUGGAAUUCAUCUCUAUCUGAAAGAGAAGAAAUACAGUGGCUGUGCUUGGGAAGUGGUCAGAGGGGAAAUCAAGAGAAUGUUCUCUUCAUCAACAACCUUGGAAUCAAGAUUUAGAAGAAAGAAUGGAGACCUAGGUUCAUCUUGA